GCUCAACCACCGCUCGGCAGCAGAGGAGCGGAUAGCCGGCGAACGACCAACCGACGCGACAGCCGUAGCGGGCGGCAGCCGUAUGUACGGGCGGCCGGGGCGGAUCUUGUCCUUGCAUAGAGCCAGGGGCAGCAGAUUCCUUCGCGGUCGGCCCGGGAGUGAAAGUGUGUAUAAGGGGGUCGCACCACGCGGGUGCCGGCGAGUUUGGUGCGUGCCGGCCGGUGAGGAGGACAGCAGGAGGACAGCAGGAGGACAGCGGGAGGACACCGAGAGGACUGAGGACUGAGGACCCGGGAGAGCUGAGGGUCCUGCGGGUUCUCAGGAGGACACCAUGAAACUGUUUACGACUCUUCUCGUGCUCGGGCUGGCCGCCAGCUCACAGGCCACACUCCACCUGUUCCGCCUCCUGACCGGAGGUGGACACGACAGUGGAUACGGAGGUGGACAUGGUGGAUAUGGGGGUGGACACGGCGGGUAUGCGCAGCCCCUACCCAGUUACGGAGCGCCGAGGCCUAUCUACGGGCCCCCCAAGGCAAGUUACGGACCACCCAAGGCAAGCUAUGGACCACCCAAGGCAAGCUAUGGUCCUCCUAAAGCAAGCUAUGGUCCUCCGAAAGCCAGCUACAGGCCGCCCCAGACGAGUUAUGGACCACCGAAGGGAGGGCAUGGUCACGUGGCGCCCAGACCAAGCUAUGGUCCUCCUAAGGCUACUUAUGGUCCUCCCAAGUCCCACGGUCAUGGCCACCGCAGGCCCGUGAGGCCUAGGCCUUCUUAUGGUCCUCCUAAGGCCUCUUAUGGUCCGCCUAAGCCCUCUUACGGCCCUCCUAAGGCUUCUUACGGCCCACCGAAGGGCGGACAUGGACAUGGGAAUGGACACGGGCAUGGGCAUGGACAUGUUACUCCGGUGAAGCCCAGGCCCAGCUAUGGCGUCCCUCAGAAGCCCUCUGGAAGCUAUGGCGCUCCCAAGCCAAGCUAUGGUGCACCACAGAAGCCCUCGGGAAGCUACGGAGUCCCACAGAAGCCUUCGGGAAGCUAUGGCGCCCCGCAGGUGCCGUCUGGAAACUACGGCGCACCCCAGACGCACGCACCGACCGGAGGCUACUCUGCCCCAGCCCCCGUCCCAGACGUCACCUAUGGGACACCUACACCUGUGGCCAUCCACGAGCUUCCCGCUCCCGACCUCAGCCAGGGCUACAGCACCUCUGAAGGCCGCGUGCCUACACUGGUCAGCCAAUCACUGGGCCCGGUCACCGAGGUGGGCGGAGCUGUGGACCAAUCAUACGUCGCCCCAGCACCGGUCGACCAAUCAUACAUCGCGCCGGCUCCGGUCGACCAAUCACAGGGCCAGGUGACUGAGGGAGGCGAGACCGUGAUCGGAGUAUCGACGGAGGUUAUUGAUGGUGGCCAGACGAUCAUCGAUGGCGGAAGUAGCGAGACGAUUAUCGACGGGGGCAUCGUCGAGGUCGACGGCGGUAUCGUCGGGGUCGACGGCGGUGAGGUGGUGGAGACGGCGCAGCCAGACCAGGACUACACCGUGCCGCAGCUGGUGGUUCCGGAAAUUAACGGAGGACUGGUUCUACCGGUACAGUCAGAGUAUGGACCCCCAGAGGACGCGACAACCCCCGAACAGCCGGAAGAGGACAGUGCCAUUGAUCCCAUCUUCGUCCGGAGCAACGUUCCCCAACCUACCUCUGAUGGAACUCCGGCCAUUGGAGACAUCGGGGUCGCCGGCAACUUCUAGAUACUGAGGUCAUCAGUAAACUCCGUGCCAUUCGCCGUGUCAGGCACUUCAUCCCGCAUCAGCUGAGCUCAGCGAGUCUGACGUCACGCCCCGUGACGUCACCCGUCGCCAUGGUUACCGCGUUGAGGCUGUUUGAGCUCCUCCCGCAGCUCAGUGUGUGUUGUUAGUGUUGUUUCCUUGGUGCCAGUGUACGUGGUUGAACGUCAUUGGCCCCUCAUCAUUGCCAGUAUAAAUACAUUGUGAUCCAUA